GUGGCGGCGCCGGGUACGUCGAGGCUGCCGCGGACUCAAGAUGGCGGCGUGUGGACGUGUACGGAGGAUGUUUCCCUUGUCCGCGGCUCUGCCGCUGCUUCUGCUCGUGGUGGCCCGGGCCCAGGGGGCCCAGAACCCCCCGAACCUCCCAAACAUGGGAAGCCUACACCAGUCUCAGGGGCUGGGCUUCAGGCCCUUCGCCGAGAGCGUGGAGCAGCCGGCUCAGGCGCACGCUCCGCAGCCGCCUCAGCAGCAGCAGCAGCAGCAGCAGCAGCCGCAGGCGCCGCAGCAGUCCCAGCAGCAGCUUCAGCAGCAGCAGCAGCCCUUCGCGGCCGGAGCGGGGCCGGCCCGGCGGGGCGGCGCGGGGCCCGGCGGCGGCUGGAAGCUGGCGGAGGAGGAGACGUGUCGGGAGGACGUGACCCGGGUGUGCCCCAAGCACACCUGGAGUAACAACCUGGCGGUGCUCGAGUGUCUGCAGGACGUGCGGGAGCCUGACAAUGAAAUUUCAUCAGAUUGCAACCAUUUAUUAUGGAAUUAUAAACUGAAUCUAACUACAGACCCAAAAUUUGAAUCUGUGGCCAGAGAAGUCUGCAAAUCUACUAUAUCAGAAAUUAAAGAGUGUGCUGAAGAACCAGUUGGGAAGGGCUACUUAGUCUCCUGUUUGGUGGAUCAUAGAGGCAACAUUACCGAAUACCAGUGUCAUCAGUAUAUAACUAAGAUGACAGCCAUUAUCUUCAGUGAUUAUCGUCUGAUCUGUGGCUUCAUGGAUGACUGCAAAAAUGACAUCAACAUUUUGAAGUGUGGCAGCAUCCGUCUUGGAGAAAAGGAUGCACAUUCACAAGGUGAGGUGGUGGCCUGCUUGGAGAAGGGCCUAGUAAAAGAAGCGGAAGAAAGAGACCCCCGGUUUCAAGUCUCAGAACCUUGCAAAAAAGCCAUUCUUCGUGUGGCUGAGCUGUCCUCAGAUGAUUUCCACUUGGAUCGGCAUUUAUAUUUUGCUUGCCGAGAUGAUCGGGAGCGUUUCUGUGAAAAUACGCAGGCUGGUGAAGGCAGGGUAUAUAAGUGCCUCUUCAACCACAAAUUUGAAGAAUCGAUGAGUGAAAAGUGUCGGGAGGCAUUGACAACUAGACAAAAGCUGAUUGCCCAAGAUUACAAGGUCAGUUAUUCCUUGGCAAAAUCGUGUAAGAGCGAUCUGAAGAAAUAUCGAUGUAAUGUGGAAAACCUUCCCCGGUCCCGGGAAGCGAGGCUCUCCUAUCUUCUGAUGUGUCUGGAGUCUGCUGUACAUAGAGGUCGACAGGUAAGCAGUGAGUGCCAGGGAGAAAUGUUGGAUUACCGGCGCAUGCUGAUGGAAGACUUCUCUCUGAGCCCUGAGAUUAUCUUGAGCUGUCGAGGGGAAAUUGAACACCACUGCUCUGGACUACACCGAAAAGGACGGACUCUGCACUGUCUGAUGAAAGUAAUUCGUGGAGAAAAGGGAAAUGUUGGAAUGAAUUGCCAGCAAGCGCUUCAAACACUGAUUCAAGAAACUGACCCUGGUGCAGAUUACCGCAUUGACCGAGCUUUGAAUGAAGCUUGUGAAUCUGUAAUACAGACGGCCUGCAAGCACAUACGAUCUGGAGACCCAAUGAUCCUCUCUUGCCUGAUGGAGCAUCUCUACACAGAGAAGAUGGUUGAAGACUGUGAGCACAGGCUGCUUGAGCUUCAGUAUUUCAUCUCUCGAGACUGGAAACUGGACCCUGUUCUUUACCGCAAGUGCCAAGGAGAUGCUUCCCGUCUUUGCCAUACCCAUGGCUGGAAUGAGACCAGUGAGCUCAUGCCGCCCGGAGCUGUAUUCUCCUGUUUAUAUCGACAUGCUUACCGAACCGAGGAGCAGGGCAGGAGACUGUCUCGAGAAUGCCGAGCUGAAGUCCAGAGGAUCCUGCACCAACGGGCCAUGGAUGUGAAGCUGGACCCUGCUCUCCAGGACAAGUGCCUCAUUGACCUGGGCAAGUGGUGCAGUGAAAAAACAGAGUUGGGCCAGGAGCUUGAGUGCCUCCAGGAUCACCUCGAUGACUUAGCUGUGGAGUGCAGAGACGUAGUGGGCAACCUCACGGAGUUAGAGUCCGAGGACAUUCAGAUUGAAGCUUUGUUGAUGAGAGCCUGUGAGCCUAUCAUUCAGAAUUUCUGCCAUGACGUGGCAGAUAAUCAGAUUGACUCUGGAGAUCUGAUGGAGUGUCUGAUCCAAAACAAACACCAGAAGGAGAUGAAUGAGAAAUGUGCAAUCGGCGUCACCCACUUCCAGCUGGUCCAGAUGAAGGACUUCCGAUUCUCCUAUAAAUUUAAAAUGGCCUGCAAGGAAGAUGUCUUAAAACUUUGCCCCAACAUCAAAAAAAAAGUGGACGUGGUGAUCUGCCUGAGUACCACCGUACGCAAUGAUACGCUGCAGGAUGCCAAGGAGCAGAGGGUGUCCCUGAAAUGCCGCAGACAGCUACGCGUUGAGGAGCUGGAAAUGACGGAGGAUAUCCGUUUGGAGCCAGAGUUACAUGAGGCCUGCAAAAGUGACAUCAAGAAUUACUGUCAGACCGUGCCCUUUGGCAAUGCCCAGAUCAUUGAGUGCCUCAAAGAGAACAAGAAGCAGCUCAGUCCUCGGUGCCACCAGAAGGUCUUUAAGCUGCAAGAGACAGAGAUGAUGGACCCAGAACUGGACUACACGCUCAUGAGAGUUUGUAAACAAAUGAUCAAGAGAUUCUGUCCAGAUGCAGAUUCAAAGAACAUGUUGCAGUGUUUGAAACAAAAUAAGAACAGCGAGCUGAUGGACCCUAAAUGCAAACAGAUGAUCACCAAGCGCCAGAUUACCCAGAGCACAGAUUACCGUCUAAACCCUGUGCUGAGGAAAGCCUGUAAAGCUGACAUUCCUAAAUUCUGCCAAAAUAUCAUCAGUAAGGCUAAGGAUGACUCCGAGCUGGAAGGCCAAGUCAUUGCCUGCCUGAAACUGAAAUAUGCUGAUCAGCGACUUUCUCCAGACUGUGAGGACCAGAUCGGAGUAAUAAUCCAGGAGUCUGCUUUGGAUUACAGACUUGACCCUCAGCUGCAGAUGCAUUGCUCAGAUGAGAUCUCCAGCCUGUGUGCAGAAGAAGCAGCUGCCCAGGAGCAGACGGGCCAGGUAGAAGAAUGUCUAAAAGUGAACCUGCUCAAAAUCAAAAGUGAAAUGUGUAAAAAGGAAGUAUUAAACAUGCUAAAAGAAAGCAAAGCAGACAUAUUUGUGGACCCAGUUCUCCAUACAGCCUGUGCCCUGGACAUCAAACAUCAUUGUGCAGCCAUUCCCCCUGGUCGAGGGCGGCAAAUGUCCUGCUUAAUGGAGGCCCUGGAAGAUAAACGGGUGAGAUUGCAGCCUGAGUGCAAGAAACGCCUCAACGAUCGAAUUGAGAUGUGGAGUUACGCAGCCAAGGUCGCCCCAGCAGAAGGCUUCUCCGAUCUUGCCAUGCAGGUGAUGACGUCCCCAUCUAAGAACUACAUCUUGUCAGUGAUCACAGUGGGCAUCUGCAUACUGUUCCUGAUUGGCCUGAUGUGUGGACGCAUCACCAAGCGGGUGACACGAGAGCUCAAGGACAGGUAGAGCCCGGAUGGCCACCAAAGCAACCACCUGCCCAGUGCCCACUUUGUACAGCCCUCCUGUAUAGUCUCCCCUCCGCCUCUUCUGAGGAGAAGCGAGCACCCAGAUUAGAACAGCAGCAGUUGUCCGCUCCAUUGCCCCAUCUCGAAUUUCGUCCACAGCAUCCUCAUCACUCUCUGAAAGAGUCUGUGUACAACCUCGACAGCUGGCCUAUGUUUGUUAUGCCCUUUGUUAGACUUUUGUUUACCUGCCUGUAGAUAAGUCUCUCAUGCCAACGGAACUACCAACACUCCCAGAAUCAGACUGACCUGACCUGCAGCUCAAACCAUUUUUAAGUAAAAAAAAAAAUUUUUAAAGAGAGGGGGGGAAAAAAAUAUAUAUAUAUAUAUAUAUAUAAAACCUCCAAGCUUGAUUUGGGUAGUGGGGUUCAUACCUGGAUACAUUUAUAUUCUAUGACUGGGUAAAAAUCAAGAUAGAGAGAAAACACGUCACUUAACAUAACUUGUUUUUUGGAUGUCUUACUCGUCUUCUCAUAAAUAUCUUCAGCAUUUAAUCAGUAUAGUGGACACCAGUGACAGGAUUCCCCACUGGCCAUCCUGAUUUGGGUCCCAUUUAUUUCUGCUGAAAUAUCAAUGCCUUCCAGCUUCCGUCCUCAAAGAGCCACCACUGGCCAAGAUCCCAGAGCCUGAAGGGUUUUUUAAGAUCUCCACACAUAAAGUAGAACACAGGACGCUGGAAACUGAAUUGGGGAGGUUAAGCUUUUUACAAGUCCCCUGGUAGUUAGAACCCAGCAGCCUUCUUCCAGCAAGCCUGUUCACCAGUUAAGAUUGGAACUGACUCUGGAAGUCACCUGUCUGCUUCAUCUAAAGACUCUGACUGGAGUUAGAAGAGCCCUCUGGGGUACGGCUGAGGGAGGGAGGGUUUGGUUCAUUUGAUUUU